AUGUCAUUUCCUAAUGGUUCUGAUACUCUAGACCAUUUUCACUUAGUCUUAGAUAAUGACCACUCUCCUUUUUAUUGGUUAAUUAUGAAUGAAAAUAUCAAAUCUAUCUUAAUUGCUUUAGACCGAAAGAUCUUCGCUGGUCGACAAAUAUUGUAUCAGGUAAAUUUGCAAACCAAUCCACUGGUCAUGAAUCCAGAAAAUGAAACUAAUUUAUCCAAUGAAGCAAAAACAUUUAUAAAAAAUGUGCAGAAACACAACUUCAUUAGACUUAGCUUCACUGAUCUAAAUGGAAUGCACCUGAGUAAACUGUUACCUACACGGUUUGCUAAGAAAAUUGCUGAAGGCAAAUGUGAAAUGUAUUCAGGCAUUAUAACCUUUGGGCCUAGGUUUGAAGUGACUAACAUUCCAGAGAUUGUUAAGAAAAAGUAUGUCAACAAUCUGCUAAAACCGGAUUUUUCGACCUUGCAUACUUGUCAAUGGAUUACACAAAAGAAUGAUGUUCAGACACAAAAGGAUCCAAAAUUAAGCGGAAACCCUGAAAGAACAGAUGGAAAGUAUACUGUAUGUUCUGUUCUGUGUGACUUGGCCUGGCCAAAUAAUGAAGCAAUGAAUGUCUAUCCAAGAGUCGUUGCUCAGAAACUUAUAAAACAGCUGGAGGACAAGUACAAAGUGCGCUUGUUUUCAGCUUUUGAACCUGAGUUCCGUGCUUUUGUCAAGGGUUCCUCAGAAAAGUCAUUCUUGAAGCCAAAAUCAUUAAACCUUUUACAAGGCACAGUCAGUGAACCGAUUCCAUGCACAAAAUACAACGACAUGUACAAAACAAGUCUUCUGUCAUUUUAUGAAGAUUUUUUUGCAGAUGUUGAUUACAAUCUGCAGAUUGCUAAAAUUGACGUACAAGACUAUAGUAAUGAAGAUGGAGAUGGACAAUUAGAGUGCCCAUUAAUGCCGACGUGGGGAUUAUCCGCUGCAGAUAAUUAUUUCAUAUUUAAACAAGCUGUGAAAGAGAUUGGUUCAAAACAUGAAAUGGAGAUUUCAUUUAUGACCAAGCCUCUAUUGAACGCUAGUUCCAGUGGUUGUCAUUACAAUCAUUCACUAUGGUAUGCUGAUAGUAAUCGGAAUGCAUUUUUCGAUGAAAAAGAUCCUGAUGGUCUGUCCUUACUUGCUCGUCACUGGAUCGGUGGUCUUAUAGAACAUUUACCAGCAAUGCUAGCUAUUUGUUCGCCAACAGUGAACUGUUACAGAAGGUUAAACAAGUUUUACGCACCAGGUCCAAUAAACUGGGACUUUCGUGACAGGUUUGUAGCAGUACGUGUGAAAAACUUUGGUGAAAGCAAUACAUACAUUGAGAACCGUAUUCCGUCAUCUGCCUCUUGUCCUUAUCAUGUACUUGCUGCUACUUUAGCCGCUGGUUUGGAUGGCUUAGAUCGUCAACUGGAGCCGCCAACCCCAGGCCAGAAACCUUUGGUUGGAGAGAUAGGUGUUCACGUGAAAAUGCUUCCGAGCACUCUACAGGAGGCAGUGAAGAACUUAAAAGAGGAUGAUAUAUUUGCGAAGAAGUUGGGAACAGAUUUUUGUAAAUGGUACAUCUGCAUGAAGGAAUGUGGUGAUUUGGGAUAUCUUGGUCAUUUGGAUACAAAUGAUAAUAGAGAGGAAACCUUGGCUUUUGAACGGUAUGAAUACCUUAAAUUCAGUUAA